AAACAUUUAACAACGAAACCUCUCACAGCAUCAGUUCUAUCAAACACCUUAAAUCUAACAUUUUCAUCCUCUCCUUGGCGCGCUAAUUUACGCACAAUACCCCUGAGCAUUUCGCCAGGCGAUCCGAAAUCCUCAGAAUGGAGCCUCCGCUCAGUGGAUCCGACCGAGACAAACCGAACUCUUCUUCGUCUUCUCCCGUCUCUGUCGUCUCUAAUUUCUGGAAAGAGUUUGACUUGGAGAAGGAGAAAAGUGUGCUUGAUGAACAAGGACUUAGAAUAGCUGAAAAUCAAGAAAACAGUCAGAAAAACCGUCGAAAGCUUGCAGAGAGCACCAGAGAUUUCAAGAAAGCUUCACCCGAAGAAAAGUUAAGUCUUUUCAAUUCUUUGCUGAAGAGUUACCAGGAAGAAGUUGACAAUCUUACUAAGAGAGCAAAAUUUGGUGAAAAUGCAUUUCUUAACAUCUAUCAGAAACUUUAUGAAGCUCCGGAUCCUUUUCCAGCUCUUGCUUCAAUUGCUGAGCAAGAUCUAAAAAUUUCUGAACUAGAAUCUGAAAAUCGGAAGAUGAAAGUUGAGCUGGAGGAAUUCAGGACAGAAGCAACUCACUUAAAGAAUCAGCAGGCAACAAUAAGAAGACUUGAAGAGCGCAAUCGUCAGUUAGAGCAACAGAUGGAGGAAAAAGUGAAAGAAAUUGUGGAGAUCAAGCAACGCAGUCUAGCUGAAGAGAAUCAGAAAACACUUGAGGUUUUAAGAGAAAGGGAACAAUCAUUGCAAGAUCAGUUACGACAAGCUAAAGAAAGUGUUGCUACCAUGCAGAAAUUGCAUGAACUAGCACAAAGCCAGUUGUUCGAAGUCCGUGCUCAGUCAGAGGAAGAAAGGGCGGCAAAGCAAUCAGAGGUCAAUCUUCUGAUGGAUGAAGUGGAACGAGCUCAAACACGACUUCUUAGUCUUGAGAGAGAGAAGGGGGUGCUACGCUCUCAAUUGCAAACUGCAAAUGAAGAGAGUGAAAGUAGGAAAAGUGAUUUGGAUUCAAAUAGCUUCCUUGAGAAUUCUUUAAGUGCCAAAGAAAAGAUUAUCUCUGAAUUAAACAUGGAACUUCACAAUAUUGAAACAAUCUUAUCUAAUGAGCGAGAAGAACAUGUGAAUGAGAUCAAGAAAUUGAACGCAAUCCUCAAUGAAAAGGAAGCUGCUCUUGAGGAGAUGAAGAAAGAGCUUCAGGCUAGGCCUACAGAAAAAUUGGUUGAUGAUUUGAGGAAAAAAGUGAAAAUUUUGCAGGCAGUGGGUUAUAAUUCAAUUGAGGCAGAAGAUUGGGAAGCAGCUACAAAUGGUGAAGAGAUGAGCAAAAUGGAGUCUCUUCUUCUUGAUAAAAACCGAAAAAUGGAACAUGAACUGACACAACUGAAGGUCAAACUGUCUGAGAAAGAAUCUUUGAUUGAGACAGCUGAAGGCAAGAUAGAAGAGCUUACAACAAAAGUUAAUGAACAACAGAAAUUAAUACAGAAGUUAGAAGAUGAUAUAUUGAAGGGUUCAAAUUCCAGAGACCAAAAAGGAAAUCUUUUUGAUGAGUGGGAUUUAUCGGAGGGUGGAGGAAGUGAGCUAUCUGAGAAAACAGAUCAAGAUCAGAGUUCAAUGCUUAAGGUGAUCUGCAAUCAGCGAGAUCGAUUUAGGGCACGUUUGCGUGAGACAGAAGAAGAAAUAAGGCAGUUGAAGGAGAAGAUAGGUGUCCUUACGGCAGAGCUAGAGAAAACCAAAGCAGAUAAUGUCAAGCUCUAUGAAAAAAUUCGUUACGUCCAGGAUUACAAUCUUGAGAAAGUAGUUUCUAGAGGGUCAAAGAAGCGCGUAGAUGAUCUUGAAUGUGGUUUUACAUCAGAUAUUGAAUCCAAGUACAAGAAGAUGUAUGAGGAUGAUAUUAAUCCUUUUGCAGCAUUCUCAAAGAAGGAAAGGGAUCAAAGAUACAAGGAGUUAGGUAUCAGGGAUAGAAUCACACUUAGCAGUGGACGCUUCCUUCUUGGCAACAAAUACGCUCGAACUUUUGCAUUCUUCUAUACCAUUGGGUUGCAUAUCCUGGUGUUUACCUGUCUCUACCGAAUGUCAGCUCUGAGCUAUCUGAGCCACGGCAAUGAGGAAUUUGUCGCAGCAGAGAAAAUCGUUGAUCUUCCCCGUGCACUCUGAUCAUUGUGCUUAAAUACUGGAUCAAAAUUAUGAACAGAAAUGUCAUACAAUGUACAGUUAACAAAAGAUGAUGCUUUCCUACUUAUCACGGUAAAGUUGAAUCAAUUGAUAACUGCAAUGGAUAUGAAUAGAGGGGGGGUAAUAUAUUCAGAUUAAAUUUUGAUUUAUUGUAAAUAGGCACCAAGCAUGCCAACACACUGGAGUCACGAAGCAAUUGGAAAUUUGACAACCAGUUUUGAAAACUCAAAA